GGCGGGACCCGGCGAGACCCUGCAGAAUGUCACCGCCCAGCUCUUCGGGCCGGAGGCAUACGGGACCCUGGCAGCAUUCGGCGACUUCAACUCGGACAAGCAGACGGACCUAUUCGUGCUGCGAGGCGGAAAUGAGUUGAUUAUCUUUUUGGCUGACCAAAAGGAACCCUACUUUAAGCCCCGUGUUAAGUUACCAAUGAAAUCUCUCAGUGUCAUCAUAACCAGUGUCGUUCCUGGAGAUUAUGAUGGUGAUUCACAAAUGGAUGUCCUCCUGACUACCCAGGGACAAAAUGAUGGCAGAGAUGAACUUUCAGUGUUUAUUUUCUGGGGGCACAACCAAACACUAGAUCUUAACCAUAAAACUAUGUUAAAUAAGACCUUUCAUGAUGAGCCUCUAGUAAUGGACUUUAAUGGAGACUUGAUUCCUGAUGUCUUUGGUGUGACAAGUGAUUCAAGUAAGCCACAGAUACUGAUAGGCGGGAACUUAUCAUGGCAUGCUGCAUUGGAAACUCAAAGUAAAAUGUAUAUACCGCACUCUCAUGCGUUUAUAGAUUUGAAUAAUGACCUCACUGCUGAUUUGUUCCUUACUACAUUACCAAAUUCACAAAACAUUCAGUUUGAGACAUGGGUAAAUAAGGAUGGGAACUUCUCUAAAGCUGAAAAAAGCAAGGAAACGCCUAGUGGUGUGAAAGUUGUUGGACAGUCCGUGUUUGCAGAUUUUG